GUGUGUUUCGCCUCCCAUUGCGACGCGCGGCAGCGAGUGCAGCAAAAGGCAGUGAUCUUGCAUCACACAAGUCGAUACGAAACGCCGGGCAGCCGUUACGAAACGCCGGGCAGCCGUUGACCGUGCACAAAGAGGAGACCUUGGCAGCAUCAUGCCGCGCCGGCGGAACGCCAACGCCAUCAUGCCGCGCCGGCGGCACGCCACCCUCCUCCUCCUGCCUCUGCGCGCGGCAGCCGAGACGCCCUACGCCAAGACGCCCUACCAGCAAUGGGAGGAGGACACGUACUACCCGCACAGUAGGGGAGGGCCCUACCAGGCCUGCUUGAAAGCUCAUCUGGUCCCGAAGCCGAACACGUAUUCGGGCUGCGGCCGCCUACCAAAAACCGUAAAAUACUGCAUGACGACCUUUCCGGAGGAGACGUCAUCGGAGAACGAGGAGCGCGAGGCGUGUCUCGAUAGAUAUUACAAGUGGUGGGACUGCGUCUUCGAGGCGUGCGAGGAGACGCACUGUAGCUACCACGGCUCGUGCCCCGAGCACCCGCCCGACGUCGAGUUUCCCUACGACGACUACCCCGAGGAGUCGACGCACCCCGAGAAGCCGGACGCCGACUACUGGGAAUCCCUCAAAAACCAGCCGAACAUCUGGGGCGACUUCACGGAAGGGCGGUGGGCAAAUGAUGGUGGCGUGGCACCGCGCGGUUCAAAUUGUCCACAAAAAUGGCGUUUUUGCUCCCGCUGCGGCUCCGUCUCCGGCGACGUCGCGCCGUCGGUUUCUCCCCUCGUCUGGUAGUACGCGUCGACGCGCGCCAGCGCCUCGUCGGCGCCCAGGUCGGGGUAGAGCGCACCUAACAAUGAUGCCGCGACGAGGCCCGUCCUACCUCUCCCGUAGGCGCAGUGCACGUACACAAUCUCUCCAUUUCUCACUCGCGCGGCGAGUUUCUGCACGAUCCCGUCGAGCGCGUCGAGGCUCGGCGCCGGCGCCAAAUCAGGAAGCGGAUACGACGUCCAUGAGCUGAAUGCGUGGUCGUAGACCGCAUUUGUCUCGUGGGGCUCCUGGAGACUCACGGCGGCGUCGCAACUCCGCGCGACGGCGUCCACGCUCCCGCGCGUAGGAUUCGCGCCCAGCAACACGCGCCCCGGCAGGAGCCAGUUCGCCGUACCGGAAUAGUAGAUGUGCUUCGCGAGCGACGCCGAGGUCACCUCAGGGAGCGGCGGGAGGUCAUACGCCGCGGCGGCGCGCGCUGCCCCUCGUCUCUGGACGGCGGUGGUCGCGGCGACGGCGCGCGCCUGCAGCGCCCAGAGGGCCGGCCGCGCGAAGCGCACCAUGCUAUUCGAGCGCGCUGCUCAAAUGAGGCGCCUCGUCG